AUGGGCGUCAAACAAAAAGCCGCCGCGAAGCCUAAGGGCAAUGCGGCCGAGGAGGUGGAGGAGACGCUGCAGGCUGUUGUCCUUGCGGAUACCUUUGAAACGAGAUUCGAACCGUUCACCCUCGAUAAGCCACGAUGUCUCCUGCCACUCGCCAAUACCCCUCUGAUUGAAUACACCCUCGAGUUUCUGGCCAACGCGGGCGUCGAAGAGAUCUUUCUGUACGGCGGAGCUCAUUCGGAUCAACUGGAAAAAUACAUCAAUGCGUCGAAAUGGAGAGCGCCGUCCUCGCCCUUUAAGCAGUUGAAUUUCCUCAAAUCUACCUCGACAUCGGUUGGAGAUGUGAUGCGCGACCUCGAUGGCAAGCAUCUGAUCACCGGGGAUUUCAUCCUCGUGAGCGGCGACGUCAUCAGCAACCUGCCCAUCGAAAGCGCCUUAGCCAAACACCGAGCCCGGCGCGAGGCCGACAAGAAUGCGAUCAUGACCAUGGUUUUACGCGAGGCGGGCCGCAACCACCGCACCAAGUCCUCGUCCAUUUCUCCGGUGUUUGUCAUUGACCCGACCAAGGACCGCUGUAUCCACUACGAGGAAAUCGACCACCACGUCGAAGAGCACCCGGCGCGGCUGAACAUCGAUUCGGAGAUCAUUCUGUCGCACGCCGAGCUGGAUAUCCGCCAGGAUCUGAUCGACUGCAGCAUCGACAUCUGCACCCCGGACGUGCUGAGUCUGUGGUCCGAUAGUUUCGACUACCAAACUCCCCGGAAACACUUCUUGUUUGGCGUCCUCAAAGACUACGAGCUGAACGGCAAGACACUGCACACCCACAUCAUCAAGGACAACUACGCUGCGCGCGUGCGCAGCCUCAAGGCUUACGACGCCGUUAGCAAAGACAUCAUCUCGCGCUGGACAUACCCCUUGUGUCCGGACACGAACCUGCUCCCGGGGCAUCAGUAUGAUCUUCGCAAGGGCAGUCUGUACCAAGAACCUGGUGUGACCUUGGCCCGGUCUUGCGUUAUCGGUCGCCGCACGGUCAUCGGGCAGGGCAUCAGUAUCGGGGACCGCACGACGGUCCACAGCACCGUCCUGGGCCGCAACUGCAAGAUUGGUCGCAAUGUUAAGCUCGAGGGUGCGUAUAUCUGGGACGAUGUUGUGAUUGGCGAUGGAUCCGAUGUUCGAGGUGCCAUCAUCGCCGACGGAGUGGUGGUAGGUAAGGACUGUCGCAUUGCGUCUGGUGCGCUCCUUUCGUACGGUGUCAAGCUUGCAGACGGCGUGACGGUAGAGGGUGGUAUGCGGAUUACGAAAUCACGACGAGAUGGAACUGCGGCCCCCAGUGACUCUGCAGUGGUUGGCGAGGGCGGUGAGGGCUACGAGUUUGUGCCCGGUGACGAGGACGACGAGGAUGAGGAUGAUGCGAGUGAUGCCUCCUCGGGGCUGGUAUACCGCAUGCCGAAUCUCUCCCUGUCCUCCGCAUCAAUCUCGACCUUGUCCUCUGACGUAUCAGACGGAUCAUGGCCGCGGUCCGGCGGCAGCAGCGUCUCCGGCGACGAGGAGGAAGACCACUUCCAACAAGACGCCUCAACCAGUGUAUACGACAGUCUACGGGACGGUGUCACUGUCGACGUCGUGCAGCUGGAACUGGUCAGUCUACGCAUGGCCGCCAACGCAUCGGACAACCAAGUGCGGCGCGCCGUGGUGUCCGCAUUUAUGAAACACAUCCAGCAACUUAUGGAGGGCGGCAAGGGUGCCGGCGAUGCCGUGCACGAGGUCUUCUCCAAGUACCGGGACGUCAUCGACCGCACCCUGUUCGACCGCAACAAGGACGACAAGCCCGACCAGGUCGAUCUGCUGCUUGUCCUGCAACAGGAUCUGGUCCACCGCCUCAAGGGCGACACGGUCCUCCUGUUUGCGGCCAAGGAGCUGUAUGAGAUUGAGCUGGUGGAUGAGGAGGCCUAUGACCAGUGGUGGCACGAUGAGCGGUCGAGCGGUUCGGACGAGAUGCGCUCGGUCCGUACGCAGACGCAGCAGUUUGUUGACUGGUUGGCCAACGCCGAGGAGGAGAGCAGUGAGGAUGAUGAGAGUGAUGAUGAGUAG